AUGCCUGAUACGUUCGAAUCAACCUAUGUUUGUAUAGGUCUUGCCGUACGUGUAUUUUUAUUCUUUCAAACAAGAAUAAGAAAUUAUUUUGAAGAGAGUGGAGAGUUUGUUACACCUUUAAAUUCAUGGAAGCGAGUUAUCGAAGGAAUUUAUCUACGAAAACGCGACAUUUCACCAUUUGCUGGUUCAAUUGUGCAUGAAACACCAUUAUCACUUUUCUUCUAUUCAAAAUUAUAUGCAAUAACACACGGGCACGUCGAAGGUUUAUUUAUCGCAGCUGAUCUUCUAACUGGUAUACUUACUUACAGGAUAGCAAAGCGAGUUUUAAAGCAACUUUUCAAUGAAGAAGCUACAGAAAAAUCAAAAUAUAAUCAAGAAAGUCAACCGUUAUGGUUGAAAAAAUUAAAUAUUCAAAAAAGUGCUUACGCUGUUUUACUCUGUUGUAUGAUAAAUCCAUUGUCUAUUGGUACAUGCCUUGCUAAAUCAAGCCUCGUCUUUCACAAUCUAUUACUUACAAUAACUUUUUAUUUCUUCAUGACCUAUCAAUUGUUGCCAUUUAUAGUCACACUGUGUUUGGCUAGUUCAAUUUCAGUCUAUCCAGUUGUUUUAAUUGCUCCUGCUUUACUUCAAUUUUCAAAAAGUGGUGCUAAUAAUCGAUCAAUACUUCGUAUAUUUCUUGUGAUAAUUUUAUUUGCUAUUGUUAGUGCUGGUAUACUUGCAUUAAAUUUUUUUCUCAACCACAAAUCAUGGUCAUUUAUUGAAUCGACAUAUAGUUUUAUUUUUCAUGUACCAGAUUAUACACCAAAUAUCGGAAUAUUUUGGUAUUUUUUUACUGAAAUGUUUGAUCAUUUUCGUUCAUUAUUUGUUUGGACAUUCCAAAUGCAUGUUCUUUUACUCUAUUUACUUCCAUUUACAAUUCGAUUAAGACAUGACCCAAUAUUUCUUUUUUGGCUAUUAUGUGCAAUAUUUUGCACAUUUAAAUCGUAUCCAGCGUAUGGUGAUGCUGCAUUCUAUUUCAAUUAUUUGCCAAUAUGGAGUUUUCUAUUUCGAUAUGUAAGACAUAGUCUUAUUAUUAUUUGUAUGGUAUUUGUAGCCCUCAUAAUGGCGCCUAUAACAUGGUAUCUUUGGAUUUAUACGGGCAGUGCUAAUGCAAAUUUUUAUUUUGCAAUGACAAUGGUAUUCAAUGUUGCACAGACAUUUCUCGUCUCUGAUUUAUUUUAUGCUUAUUUAAAACGAAAAUUUUUACUCAAAAAUGGUCUUACUAUUCCGCAAGUGAAUGGCUUUGAAGGUCAAUUAGAAUUUAAUUAA